AAAAGACAAAGAGGAUAGACGAGGAGGAAGAGAAGCAGGUAGUGGACGACGGAGGGAGACAGCCAGACAGGACAGGAGCCUACCAGACCAGAAGGGCAUGCCGGGCGCCCCAUGCAACGUCGAGCCGACGGGCCGCCGGUUGCGCUGGAGCGGGCUCGGACGCCGGCGCCGCCGCAGGCUCCCGGUCGCCCGGCUCGGCGGCGAGAGGGCCGGGCGCGGUCGGGGAGUCCUGCGGCGGCUCCGGCUGCGCUGGCUCACGGCAAGGUGGCUACGGCGCGCGGCUCGCAGGCUGGCGGCGAUCUACAUGGCGGCGCUCGCGGGCCCGCCGGCUCCCACCGGCGCGUCGUCGUCCACCUGUCCGCCGUGGAUCGGCCUGGAGCCGUGCUUCGCCACGCCGUUCGUGUCCUGCACAAGGCCGUGCUGGUGAGGCGGCGUCGGCGGCGCCCGCCGUGCAUGGAUCGAUUUCAGGCUGCGCCGGCGUGCAGCAGGUGACCAUCGAUCCACGUACGGCAAGGUAAGACAUAAAGCUUUGGUGUAACAACAACAACCAGCCAUGAGGCCACCCAUAACUGGAGACGUACUGGAGCACCUGGUCUAGAAUCCAGAUGCAUGCAUAUAUCGAAUUGUACUGAUCCUUUUCUUCUUCUCUAUUCGUCUCCUGUUCUUGUUCUUGUCUUGUUAAGCAAAUAAGUAGUAGUAAUCUUUUCCA